AUGAGAGACUCCUCAACAACAUCUACGAAAUCCUCACCGUUAUGGAAACCAUUUGCCUCAAACUGUUGCUCCGUCGAUGACCAAGCUGUCUUUGGCAAUCUCAGCCGUUGCGACCUUCAAGAUCAGAGUUCUCCAAGAACCAUCUUGGACCACUUCCUUCCUUCCGACGGCUCUCCUUUGCUGAUCUAA